AUGGAAGGUCGAGAUGUUUCCCGUGAACCGUGCCCCGAUCGGAUUGUGGAAGAUAUGGGCGGUGCUUUCGGUAUGGGAUGUGUAGGUGGAUUCCUCUGGCACUUUGUGAAAGGAGCUCGCAAUUCACCUAGAGGUGUCAUAUUACAGAACGCCUUUUACAGCGCUCGUGCUCGCUCUCCGGUUCUUGGCGGUAACUUCGCCGUUUGGGGAGGUACUUUCUCUACCUAUGAUUGCACCUUCCAGUACCUGCGGGGAAAAGAAGAUCAUUGGAAUGCUAUCGCAAGUGGGUUUGCAACUGGUGGCACGUUGGCAUUGCGAGGUGGCAUGGGUCAUGCUGCGCGCAAUGCAGUGAUCGGAGGGUUGUUGCUGAGUGAGUUAUGA